CAGAAUCCUCCGUCUCUCGAAAUGAUGCGCGCCGUUGUUUUGCUGGGGCUGCUGUCCUCUGCCGCCGCUUUCAUUCCUGCGACUUUCAACACAGGCAAGAGCUCAUACGCCCGCAAAAACUUGGUGGUGGCCUCGGUUUCUGACUUGAUCGGAGCGGACACGGAGACGGGCGGGAUCUGGGAUCCUCUGGGCCUGAGCCAGAACGAGGGUUCCCUCCGUAAGUACCGCGAGUGCGAGCUCAAGCACGGGCGUGUAGCCAUGGCUGCCAUGCUCGGUAUCUUUGUCCAAGGUCUCUACCACCUUCCGGAUCCCGUCUUUAGCAACCCUCGCCCUCUGGCUGCCUUGCAGCAGGUCUACGAGCAACGUCCCGAGGCCAUUUGGCAGAUCAUCGUAGGACUGGGCGUGAUCGAGUUCACGGGGGGCCGACAAAAGGAGGACCGUGCCCCUGGCGACUUGAACUUUGGUUCUUCUUUCAUCCCCAAGAGCGAGAAGGAGUUCGAGGAAUUGCAGCUGAAGGAGCUGAAAAACGGGCGCCUGGCGAUGGUGGCCUCCAUGGGCGCCCUGCUCCAGGAAUACCUGACAGGCCAGGGGCCGGUGGAGCAAGUCUUGUAAGGCUGGCCACUUGAAUCCCUUCGGUGACGGCCAAGGGUUCUUCUAAACCCAGCCGACUUCUUGGCACCGCAAACGGGAGGGCCCAUGGCGAGAACAAGCUUGAUUUUUCAUUUCAUCGGGCACACGGAGAACACUUCCGGCGUAGAAUAGGCUGAGGAGUCAGUGGAUGUAAGGAUUAUCACCAUCAUGAGCGUCCUGAUUCAUUGUGGGGAGGAUAACUGAUCGGAUAAGAGAUCGAAAAGGAAAUCAAUUAAGAUGCCCGGAAAUGACAGACA